AUGGGUGUUAUGGAAGACGAAGACGUCCUCCAAUUGCUUACCGGAGACGACGAGUUCGACGCAGACAUCGAUGAAGACGCCGAGAAAGAGCUGUUACGAGACGACGAGUCCAUCGCCGCUGAUGUCAGUGUAUCUCAAAAACAUAAGUUUGAGACAAACGAGUCGAUUGAUGACGAAGACGAUGACGACGACAGAGAUAAUGCCCGCAGAGGAAGGUUUAAGUCCGAGAGAAUCAUGUCUUUGGUCUCAGUUCCCACUCGAAGACAAGAAAUUCCCGAUAAUUUGGAAUCAGUUAAAGUGAACGAGAAGUUUAAGACACAACAAAAUCGGAAUCAUCACAACAAUAGAAGACAUAAUAAUAAUAUGAAUAAUGAUUAUUCAAAUCAACAAAAAUAUCGCAAUUCUCGUCACAAUCAAAAUCUGGCCAAUGAUUCACAAAAUCGACACAAUUAUCAUCAAAACAAAGGCUUACUUCCAUUGCCUCCACCAAUGAUUGGCCAACACUCGAGUCCAGUACAUCCUCCACAGCAACCAAUGCACACCAUUAACACCAAUGUGUUUGGCCAACAAAACAACCCGAACCCCAAUCCCAUCAACACUAUUCACGUGAACCCACACUUCAGGGCCCGAACGCCCAAUCAGUUCGAGCUCUCGCAGACUGCAAGACCUCAAGAGAAACAGCAAUACAUACCACCAGAACACCAACCAUUCAGACCUCCCGAACAACAAUAUAGACCACCGGAACCACAGUUUAGACCUCAGAUGUCCGCUGGAAUCCAAUCAAUACCUCAAUUCCCGCAAAACAUUAAUAAUUCACAACAAUUACCAUUCAAUCCACAAAUGGAUCAUCACAUGAGACCUCAGUUUAUGGCAAAUAACAUGCCAUUCAAUGAUCAUAAUAUUCCUCAGAUGUCACAUCAAAUACGACCUCAACAACAGCCCCUAUUAUCGCAGCCAAUGCAUCAACACAUCCAGAUGGACAACCAAUGGAGGGGUGGAAGCAAUGUUCAUAUGUAUCCAAUGCAACACAAUUUGGGUCAACAGUUAAUACCACAACAAAUGCCAUUAAAUCGUCCGCCGAUUCAUUCAAACCCAAUGUUGAAUUCAUCACAAGCGCCACAACAGCACAACUUUGCGCCCAAUAAUAAUCAAGCAUUUAAUCCGAAUUAUCAGUCGAAUCAACAGAUUGUGACACAAACCCCUCCAAACCAUCCAUCACUUCAAAUGCAUAACAAUUAUAAUCCUCAACAACACUACCCGUUAAUGGAAAGCCAGAGAUUUCCUGUUCAACACAAUUAUAACCAAAUCCAGUCGUUAGGCCCACAAAACUCUCAAACAUUUCAAUCGCCUUCUAAUCAGCAAAUGUUUAACACACAAAAUAAUGGCAUUCAUAUGAAUCAAUUGAGACAAAUAUCACCACAAAUUAGACCACAUUUGAAUAAACGUCCAGCAAAUCAGUCAUCACAAGACAACAGAUCCCAAAAGGCGUUCGCUGAAGAACAGCAACUAAGAGCAGAAGCUCUAAAAGCGGCACAAAUGAGAACAAAACGGGCGAAACAGGUGUUAACUAAAAAACAACAAAACGUGAAAGAAGUGCCAAUUGUGAGGAAUGCAAACGCCGUUGAGAGCCAACAGAAUGUGGCCAACAGAGAGAUGGAAGCGUCUGUUGGUGUCGAUGAAGAAUAUAAGAAGAAAUUGGAGGAACAGAAACGUCUUCGCGAAGAGAUUUUACGCAGAAAAGAGGAGAGAAGGAAAGCAACCGCUGCUCAGCGACUGCAGGCAUCCGAUGGUGUAAAACCUGUUCCUCAGAUACAGCCCAUUAAAGCACCACCUCUUCAGACCAUGAAUACACCCGUCAAGACUCAACCGCAGCAACAAAUCGCAACACUUCUAAACCGAUCGCCACAAUUGGCUAAACCACCGCAACAACAGAUGAGACGUGUUAUCAACAAACCAGUGCUUAAUAGAGUUGUUGUCAAUCCUAAUCAAAAGCGAUCGGUUUUGAUGAAAGGCUUGGCCACCAGUACUAACGAACUGACGAUUAGAAAGUUGUGUAAACCCAUCGGUGCGAUAGAGUCGUGUAAAAUAGUGACAAUUGGUGGUCAGAGGAGUGGAACCGUUACAUUCAUGCGAAGACAGGAUGCGGUCGCCUUUCAGAGCAAAUAUGACCACACUUUACUUGAUCUCUGCGUUAUUCAAGUGUCACUCAUUUAAUCAAACUUUACAUUUCAUUGCAUUUAUAUUUUCAUUCUAUAUAUGUAUAGAAAAUAACGAAUUAACUGUAUAUUUAAAUAUUCAAAACAUCAAUAAUUAUUUCCCUCAUUCAAAAUAAAUUAAAUAAAAAUCAA